GGAUUAUUCUAGUCCAACCCCUCGCCUAGGUUCCAACGUGUCGUCGUCCCACUGGGCCUCAGUCGGAGAGUCGGAGAGUCAGAGAAUCCCGGUUGUGAAGUUUCCUGACUUGGACGGGGGAAUCGCCCGAAGUGCAAGUGCGAGAUGCAAGUGGGGAAGAUGAGGGUGUUGAAGACUAGAGAAGGCAGGGGCCUGUCCAAGGUCACACAGAGCUGGUUCCCACACUGGAACCAGACCCUGGCAUGCCAGCCCCCCUGCCCACUGCACCACAUGAGCUACUUACCUCAAAACCAGGCUGCCUUGUCUGCCCAGGACACCAAACCUCGCUCCACCAGGGGCAUAAGGAACUUCCCACAAGUUGGAAAGAGGUGCGCCCCUUCUGGUCCGAGUCAAAGUCCCCCCAGCGCCCGCCUAAAACCACUUCCCCAUUGGCUCGUGGGAUCCACCCCUUCAGGGUCCCUCCCCCUGUCCUGCUGCUCUGUGACAGGGGACAUUCCUCAGGAGGCCAAGGGUUACCGCAGCACCAUGACUGAGCCUGGCAAGCCCGUCCUCUACUCCUAUUUCCGAAGCUCCUGCUCCUGGAGGGUUCGAAUUGCUCUGGCCUGGAAGGGCAUCGACUAUGAAACAGCGCCCGUCAACCUCAUAAAGGAAGGGGGCCACCAGUUCUCUGAGGAAUUCCAGGCACUGAACCCCAUGAAGCAGGUGCCGGCCCUGAAGAUCGAUGGCAUCACCAUCAGCCAGUCACUGGCCAUCAUCGAGUACCUGGAGGAGACUCGGCCCACUCCACGACUCCUGCCUCAGGACCCGAAGAAGAGGGUCCUUGUACGCAUGAUCUCCGACCUCAUCGCCAGCGGCAUCCAGCCCCUGCAGAACCUGUCUGUCCUGAAGCAAGUGGGACAGGAGAACCAGCUGGCCUGGGCCCAGAAGGUCAUCAGUUCCGGCUUUAAAGCUUUGGAGCAGAUCCUGCAGAGCACGGUGGGGAAGUACUGUGUGGGAGACGAGGUGUCCAUGGCUGACCUCUGCUUAGUGCCUCAGGUGGCAAAUGCUGAAAGGUACAAGGUGGACCUCACUCCCUACCCUACCAUCAACCGAAUCAACAAGUCACUGCUGGCCCUGGAGGCCUUCCAAGUGUCUCACCCCUGCCGGCAGCCAGACACGCCCCCGGAACUGAGGGCCUAGCUCUCAGACCAUGCACCACCACCAGUGCAGGAGCAGAAGCUGGGCGGGCUGACCAGGCCUGAAAAUGAGCAAGCCCAAACUGGAGAAGCAGGAGACUGGUACUCUAGCCCUUGAACUAGAACUCUAGCCCUGGAUCUGCCUUUGCACUGAAUCUUUCUGCCUUUGUCCCUUCAUCUGUCAAAAGUGAUCAGGGUGGCCACAAUUGGGUGACUCCGUUGGUUGGAGCAUUGCCUCAUACACCAAAAGGUUGUGGGUUUGAUUCCUGGUCCAGGCACGUACCUAGGUUGUGGGUUUGAUCCCUGGUCAGGCUGUGCUUAUGGGAGCAGCCGAUCAAUG